AACCAGUCCAGUUCUUUAAAAAAAAUUACCCAACCCUACCCGGACCGUUUUAUGGCAACAAAAAAUGGAACUGACCCGUUUUGGACCUGAACCGCCAUUACCCAGACCGGACCGUGGUUCCAAGACCCGUUUGCCACCCCUACUAUAAACUAAUUUAAAAAAUGUGUAAGUUAAUUUAAAGCAUUUAGUAAACCAAUUUACUAACCCUUCCUAAGAAAGCCAAACUAUUGCAAAAAAAGAACAGUUGCCGGCUAAAGACACAGGCGACUGCCGACCACCGUUCUUGUCUCACAGCCAACCGAACUUCCAACGACCGCUCCUGUCCAGCAACAUUCACCCUUUUUUCACCCAGUAAAGAGCAAUCGCUUUUCUUCGUAGAUAUCCUCAUAUACUGGAGCAAUGACUCACUCUUAUACAGUGCGGACCCAGGACUUUUGUAAAGUGGGUCACAGAUGAACAGCGGCUGGGUCUGACCAUUGGCUUCGGUCUGAUUAUGUCUCAGUUAGUUCAAGGUCUCAAGUACAUAGUUUUAAGUUUGGAUCCAACCAUAGGCUUAAUAGUAGUGCUUGUUUGCUCUUGAUUAUUAAUUAUUGUUACCCAUGUUCAUGUUUAGUAGUUUAGUGCCCCAAAGCUGUGUACACUAUGAAAAAGCUCAGUAGUCUUUUGUAGUAUGCUGAUCAAUAUCUUCUCAUUUCUAAAAAAAAUACCCGCACAUAUAAGGGCCUGAUGGACUUUGAUAUAUUUUCUUAUAUAUCCUACAAAUUGAAUUAUUAAUUUAUUCAUUUUUGGGUAAACAGAAUCUUAAGCAUAAGUUUUUGGAGAGAUCAUGGCGACGGUAAAGCAAGAGCAUGAGGUUGUUUCACUGAAGCUAUUGAUAGACGACAAGAUCAAGCGAGUUGUUGCUGCGGAAGCGAAUAAGGACUUUGUGGAUAUACUUUUCAGUUUUCUCACCCUUCCAAUGGGAACCAUUAUCAGGCUCACCAGCAGCUCUGCUCAGCUAGCAGAAACACCUAUAAGCAUUGGAUGCAUGAACAAGAUAUACCAAAGUUUUCAAAAUCUAGAUAGUGAGUAUUGGCAGACAGAACACUGUAAGAGCAUGCUUCUGAAUCCAAGAAAUCCCUUUGUCAGCUACUGCAAGAAGUUGAAGAUUAAUAUUGAUGAUUCAGGGUCUGAAAUCACAUAUGGCUGUUCCAGGGAGGGUUGCUCACAUUAUAGCAUGUACCAAAAUGUUAGUUGCCGUUGUGAAGAGGGGAGGACCACCAAAGAAAGGGAGUCGGUCGAAAAGAAUGUCUCAAGUCAAGAGGGGGUCUUUUUGAAGGGAGGAAUAGUGUUCAUAAUCAGUGAUGAUUUACAGGUUAGGCCUGCCACUCCAUCUGUUCUUGCUCAACUUAUGCCUGACAUCAGUUCAAGAGAAGGGAGUAAAAUCAGAGAGAUGCAUGUAAAAGUUUCCAUGGCUGAGGUUAUCUGCUUGUUUGCACGCUCACUGAUCUCUCAGUCUCCUUUAAGUGACGUUUUUCUCUCUAAACUUUCUGGAUAUGGAAUGGUGGGAAUCCAGAGGAAACCGUCAAAACUUGGGACUUCUUUUUCAUCCCCAACUGCCGCCGCAGUAGACACGGCUAAGGAGAAAGUUCCUACUCUGGAUCUUAAAGUGACGUGUAUUAAGUCGACAAACAAGAUAUUGUUUGGUGAAGCAACAGAUGAGUUCUUUGAUUUCCUUUGCAGCUUCCUGACAACUCCUGUUGGAGCAAUGAUACGGGUUUUGGAAAGGCAGUCGGGGUUGAAAUGCUUGGAUAACCUGUACACAAGUGUGCUGGAGUUGGAGCAGAAAUGGUUUCAUUCGUCCGACAAGUGUGGAUUACUCAACCCACAUAUUGCGGAACAUCAUGAGUGCAAGAAGCAGCCGCUCAGAUUUGCUUUUGGCAGAAGAUCUUAUUAUGGGCCUAAUAACCCUAAGGGCGGGUUUUCUUCUAAUUUUGCUGUGGAACCAUCUGUGUUCUUGGUUUCGGAUGAUUUUGAAGUGAAGCCACUUUCUGUUGCCUCCUGUUUCCUCUUACUAAAUGAAUUACAAAUUCCUUUUGAUCAGACUGAAGAGAAACGGGUUACUGUGGGUAUGAAAGAGGCGAUGAGCUUACUGAAGGCUGCUCUCACAUCACCAUCAUCUGCUCUUACAAAUGGCUUGGGCCCCUUCUUGCUGAAGCGCGAACCCUAGCCCCACCAUUUAUAAAUGCCUCUAUGAAAAUCUGAGGGAGAGCUUCAAGCGUUGAAAGUUCAGUUAUAUUUAUCCAGUAUCCUCAUGAUCCCAAGAAUGUUUUUUUGCUCUCGGUAUCCUUUUUGUACUUUGAACUCAACUAUGGUGUACGGAGUAUUAUUCUCUAAUUAAAACUCCUCUUUGUUUCUUAAGGUCUAUCUUCCCUUAUUCUUAUAUAGAUAGUCAAAUACCAAAACGACCAAUGUCAUCUGUCACUCUAUGAGAAAUUAUGCCUAUACCAUAAAGGUAGACUCUAUGGUACUAUUAAGGUAUUAUACCUUUGUCUA